CGGGGGCGGUUCGAGGCGCGGUGCAGCCCGGCGGCGGCCGCGGGGGAGCGCGGCUGCGGCAGCCCCCGCCUGCUCCCGGGGCACGGCCGUGCUGGGCGAGGGGAGUGGGCGGCGGUCCCGGCCCGGGCGCUGCGCACCUCUGCCGAGUUUGGCCGGCCCAGAAGGGCAGCCGAGAGUUCAGCAUGCAGGAAGUUUUGAGGCAGCUCGGAGAGUAGCGCGGCGGCGCUGACCGCUGCCUCGAGUGCUCCGGGGUUUUGAGCUUUUUUUACGGGGAUUGUGCCUUUUUGCCCCCUACAUACAACUCCCCCAAACACGCAAGCAACCCGCAACAAUCAAAAAGUCCGGUAAGGGGGAAGAGAACACGAGCGAGGGAAGCACCCUCGGCGGGAGAGGAGAGCCCGUUUCUUCGCAGAGACACGGUCCCGCUCGCAGCUGGUCCCAAUGCAACUACUCAUCCUCCUCCUGCUCUACGCCGUCGUCUGUGCGAACUUCUGCAGCCGUCAGGGCACCACCGCCCCUGCCCAGAGCGGAUCUAUAAAAGCCCUGCGGGCUUCCAACAUCAGGCGAGAUGAGAGCAAUCACCUCACAGACUUGUACCGAAAGGAGGAGACCAUCAGCGUGGCAGGGAACGGCUGCAUCCACAGUCCUCGCUUCCCCAGCAGCUACCCCAGGAACCUCCUGCUCACGUGGCGCCUCCACUCCCCAGAGAGCACCAGGAUCCAGCUGGCUUUUGAUAAUCAGUUUGGGCUGGAGGAACCCGAAAAUGAGAUCUGCAGGUAUGACUUUGUGGAAGUGGAAGAUGUGUCAGAGACCAGCACAGUUAUUCGAGGACGGUGGUGUGGACACAAGGAAGUACCUCCAAGAAUAACAUCAAGGACAAAUCACAUAAAGAUAACCUUCAAAUCUGAUGACUACUUUGUGGCUAAACCUGGAUUCAAGAUAUGUUACUCUCUAGUGUGUAGCUCCAAAGAGGCAGAUUUUGCAAACACUCAGGAAAUGGAUGAUUUCCAGCAUGCAGCCUCAGAAACCAACUGGGAGUCAGUCACAAGCUCUGUCUCAGGGGUAUCCUAUCCCUCUCCAUCAGUGACUGACCCUACGCUCACAGCGGAAGCGCUGGAUCAGACCAUCGCCGCCUUUGACACGGUGGAGGAUCUGCUCAAACACUUCAACCCGGACUCCUGGCAAGAAGACCUUGAGAAUCUCUACACAGACAGUGGGCACCAUUAUCGAGGCAGGAGCUACCAUGACAGGAAGUCCAAAGUUGACCUGGACAGGUUGAAUGAUGAUGUGAAGCGUUACAGCUGCACUCCAAGGAACUACUCUGUCAAUUUAAGGGAGGAGCUGAAGCUGACAAAUGUAGUUUUCUUCCCCCGCUGCCUCCUUGUCCAGCGCUGCGGCGGAAACUGUGGCUGUGGCACUCCAAACUGGAAAUCCUGCACCUGCGUGUCGGGGAAAACUGUUAAAAAGUAUCAUGAGGUGCUGAAGUUUGUCCCUGAGGCUGGGCAUACCAGAAGAAAAGGCAGAAUCAGGAACAACAUGUCCUUGGUAGACAUACAGCUGGAUCACCAUGAGCGUUGUGAUUGUGUCUGCAGUUCAAGACCACCCCGAUAAAAAAGGAAAAUUAAGAAAGAAAAGAAAAAACCAGACACACUAAUUGCAUCUUACCGGACAUUUACUUUCAAGCAGGAUUGCUCUGAGGAUCUUUACUCACUAAUCAUUUGAAAUUUGCUACUAGCCUGCCUUUGCAAUUAGCAAAAACCAUUGCUGUGCUGAUUAGUGUCAUGGCAACUAAACAGAUAUACAUUUAUGUAUCAGCGUCCAAGGAUUUAGGAUUGUGGUUAUCUGUAGCUAGAUUCUGAGAGCUGAGAUUUUAAAAGCUCAAUUGCAGUCCUUAGGCACACAGUGCCCACUGAAUUUAAAUACCAGGUGUGUAGGUUUCUGUUCUAGUUGGCAAUGAAAUAGCAUUGUGUUUCUUUUUCACUCACCAGUUCCUACUCUCAAAUUCUGCUCCCAUUUCUACCUCCUCAGCUCUCCUGAUGGUAGGUGGGGUUUUACAGUGGGUAUAAAUGAGGAGAGAAUUUGAGCCUGUAGGAGUGCAAAAUGGUUUGCCCCACUCUCAGAGGGAACUUCUCAGCAUUCUGGCCCGACAGAGUGAGAUAGAAUGCUUCAAAUCCAUCAUUACAUAAAAUCACACAUCAGAAAAGUCAAAUCUCGCUGUUUGUACUGGCGCAAGUCAUGUGCUGAAGUUAGUAGAUGCUUUGCCUUAGCCAGGACACUGAGGGUGGUAGGGGGUGCCGAGGCUGGCACUUCUGCCAUGGUGGCUCCAAGGCAGCCAUCGCCCACGUGCUUCUGCGAGAGGGGGCUGCUGCCAGCUCCCCAGGUGAGUACCUGUGGGCUGGGACUGAUUUUGGUCACUACCUACCUGAUGUGGAUUCCAGCCCCUUGCCCAGAGUGGCCCCACAGUUGCCCAAGAGGAGCCCCUCUAUGGAAGAAGGGAGAGCCAGCCCUCCCCUUGGAUCCUCCUCACAGCAGUUCGAGGAGUGCCGUGCUUCCCUGUGGAGGAGAUGAAGAUAGGGCACUUGUUUGUUGAAAAUAUUGAUUUGUUUUGCAGUUGUGUUACUGGGAAACAAAACUGUGUUUGAGAUUUAAUUAUCAUUAUUUGGUUUGGGGUUUCUUUAUUUGUUUUUUAACUUUGUCAUAUAUGCAUUAAUCUUAGUUAUCUGAGGUUAGUUGUCUCAUUCCAGCUCUGUGUAUUGCCAUGGUUAAAGUGUUGACAGUGAAUUUCUUUUUUUUUUAAUUGCAUUUUGCUGAAGCAUAUUAACUCAUUAAGUAAUGUCUGUCAGUCAUCACAAAUGUGCAUCAUUUAUUAACUUUCAGAAUAUUACUAAAUAACCACCUCAUAAUAAAAUUAGCACUUUAAAAGCUACAGCAUAGCUUCCUAUGCCGUUUAAACUAUUACAAAAGUGCUCUAGCUGAAAAACAAAAAAGAUCCUUCCAAGCUAGCUGUAAGGAUUUUCAAGUGCUGCUCCAAAAAUGUAAAAGCCAGGCAGAUUUAAGUUUUGCAAAGAAUUGGAGUUUUGAUCAUGAUUGUAACAGAGGGAAUAGGGUGGCACAUUUAAUGGCUGAGGUUUUAUGUUUUAUGGUAGACAUAGGCUGCAUCAAAUUAUCUUGUCUGUGUUGGCUCUUGUUUUUCUGUCUCUCUGAAAGAGUGAAGUAGGUUGACAAUAAUGCAUUAUAAUUAGUGGAAAAUGGCAUGUGCUAUAAAAUACAAGGCCUUCAAACCAGUAUGUUUUAGUACUCCACAGGUUUGUUACAAAAGCACCCUAAUGUUCUCAUUUUCCCUCUUCAUCAGCUCAAGUAUUUUGUAAGUGCAUUUUAUAAUUUUAGCAAAACUUUGCUGAAAGGUCCCUUAGAAAUGUUUUGUUACUUUCUGUCCUGUACUUUAACCUUGGAGAUUCAGAAAAUGUGAGGGUUUUAUUAUUUAUAUUAAUUUUUCCUCUCUGGCUCCCAGAUGUCUGUUUAAAAAUGCUCCUGAAUGCUUACUUGGGAAGUGAUUCAUCAUUUUUCAAAGCAAUUCACAUUUAAAGAACAGCCCUGUAACCAAAGAUUACCACCUUCAUUUUGUAGUUCAGGACUAUUUAAAGAACAUCUCAUUCUUUUUCUGUCCCUAGCUUAAUAACAAGAUUGACCCAGCCCUUCCAUAAGUUUUAGCCAAGUUUAGAAUAAAUUUGCAUGCAAGACCUUGGCAGUACGGAUUGUUUCUGAGAUACUGAACUCCUGUUUUGAUCUCUGUCUGAAUCAUGCCUAAGCACUCUGGUUUCAUAGUUAGCAUUGGUUGCAGGAUACACAAAGUGCUCUGAGCGGUCCUUUGAUUCCCACCCUGCAAGGGAACUGGGCCACAGGCAGUGCUGUGCCAGGUGUGUGCCACACAGCACCGCCUGCCUGCCCAGUCCCACCCCAAGUGUUGUGAGGGGCACUUCCGACUCCUAAUCAGAGGAUUUCAGCCUUGGCUGGGAGCCUGAGUUACCCCUAGAGGCAGCUGGGAGAGGCUCUCCCAUAGUGCGCCUUAGCCCAAAGAUUGAAAUCACACAGUUUGGGAGCAUUCCUUUCUCUCCUUUGACUAUAUAGAAAGAUUAGAGUUUUGGUUUGGACAUCUAAGUGGGAUACACAGAGGUAGACAGUAUGGAUACUCCUUUUAAAGGCUGAACAUCUGAGAAUUCAGCUAACUGAGUCAGAUAAAGGCAGCAGUGGAUACCUGGGUCCAACAGAAAAAUUCACAUGCAAAGUAAAAAAAAAAAAAAUCCUCUUGCUUAAUGACAUUUUAACCUUCAUAAAUGUAAGCUAAGUUUGUCACAAAAUUUAAAAUAUUACUCCUGGGACACUUAUUAAUUAAUGGAACCAACUCAGUGCUUCCUGCUGCCAUACAGACACCGUGCUCCCAGCCAGUGCAGGAGGGUCAAAGAUGGGCUUUGUGUGGCAGUGUGGGGAUGAUGACAUGCAUGUGAAAUAAGAAAAACUCCCCAAAACCCAAGCCCCAAGAGGCAGUGACCCUGGUGAAACCAAAAAACAGCAAAAUUUUUCCUUUUUAUUUAUUAGCAGAAAUUGCAAAGGUGUAUCUUCAUACUUUUUCCCUCUUUUGUCUUUGUAUAAUUGUUGUGUUGUUUACAUACUUAAAGAACAAAGAUGUUAAAAAAACCUAAUCUGGUUCCGUUUUAUUUGUGGAAUUGGAAACCCCCCAAAACAAAUACAUUUUCAAAGGCAAUUCAGAAAGAGUCCUGAUUUCAAACCACUCAUCAGCUUUUUAUUUACUAUAUUCUUCUGGGAUAGAGCCUACUUUCUCAAGUGCAAUCCAUGUAUAUUUUUUUUUAUCUCAGUUAAAUGCAGCUUUCCUAGCAGUACGUUUUACUUGGUGCAGUAUGUAA